AUGCCAUCAACCUACACUCCCAAUCAAGUAGCGAUAAUUCCUAAUCCUCAAUUUUCCAUAACCACCACUCAAUUCGAGAAAAAUAAGAAAAACGAACUGGCAAUAUGCCCAUAUAGGAGGCCUGGAAAGGAAAUCAAGUCGCUUUGCCAUGAAGAUUUGGGAAAAGAACUCCACAAUUUGAGGAAAGCCAUUAAUGAAGGGUUAUGUUCAAGAAAUUUCCAGCGUUUGAAGUAUGAAGAUUUAUGUGUGCAUCCAAAUGUUGAGCCUCCGCCAGGGUACAAAAUACCUAAGUUUAACACUUUCAAUGGGGAGGGAGAUCUCGUCACUCAUUUAAAGGACUAUUGCAGCAGUUUAAUUGGUAUUGAAUAUAAUGAAGCCGUACGGAUGAGAUUGUUCAUUCAAAGUUUAUCAGGACCAGCACUCUCUUGGUACACCAAACAAGAUUUUAGCAAAUGGCCUACGUGGGAAGAUAUGGCCCGCGAAUUUAUAAAGCAAUUCGAGUUCAACAAUGGAGGCGAUCCGCACAUAGCCGAUUUGUUCAGAGUAAAGAAAAUGCCACAUGAGUCUUUCCAAGAAUAUGCCAUACGGUGGAGGUUUGAAGCUUCAAAAAUACAUCCUUCAUUACCCGAGAGGGAAUUGAUCUCAACUUUCAUUCAAAAUCAGGAAGACUUAUAUUAUGAUAACUUGCUCGGAGCUUGUGCACGCAACUUCUCUGAUUUUAUUAGGAUUGGUAAAGAACUAGAAAGUGCAAUUCAAGGAGGAAGAAUUAUAGAUAGCUCAGCAACACAAGCCAUUCACCAAACAUUCCAAGCGAAGAUACCAGGAAAUCUGCAAAGCGAAAUGAAGGAUAAAGAAUUCGCUUCCAUGACUAUGCGUCAAGCAUAA